AUGCUCAAGGCUAUUGUCAUCCUCGGUCUUGCCACGGGCGGCUUUGGUAUUCCUACCACGACCCAUCUCACGGAGCGUGGCAAUCACAAUGGGUUGAACAUUGAUAUAUCGGUCACCAAAGGCCUGCUGAAGUCUCCGACCGAUGGCCGCGUUGUGUUGAUGUUCGCUCCCAACGGAACUGAUCCUCUCGAUGACACAGAUGUUACCUCUUCGCCGAAUUACAUCUUCGGAAAGAAUGUCUUCGACUUCAAGACAGGACGGACAGUCAGUCUCUCGGGAGGAAGCAAUCAAAGCACGGAGACCGGGGUGUAUGGAUGGCCGAACAUCAGUAUUGAUGCAGUACCGCCAGGCACCUAUUCCGUUCAAGCCUUCCUCACGAAGUACGAAAAGGUGACGCGGAGCGAUGGCUCAGUAGUCAGCGUCCGCUUUCCCUGCGGAGAUGGAGCACCCAACGUCAAUGGCUUCGGAAGCCUGACCACAAAACUGGCAGACUACACGGUCUCGGGAGGCCAGCAAACUCUCAAGCUCGUCUUUGACAACGUGACGGCUACCGAGCCUUUCAAAGGCAGGGAGAUUGGUGGCUGCAACCAAGCGAAUUACAAGGAUACUGAACUUCUCAAAUACGUCAAAAUUCGAAGCAAGACACUGAGUGCGUUUUGGGGUCGCGAUAUGUAUGUUGGCGCAAACGUCGUCCUGCCCGCUGGAUAUAAAGCCAGCGAUAAGAACACGCGUUAUCCAGUCAUCUACUCCCAAGGACAUUGGCCUGCGGACUCAGGCGCUUUUGACUAUCCGUCAGAUACUGAAUUUGCAGACGCUUGGAACAACGGAACUAUUCCAGCGACGAACACAACUGAAGCGCGGCCCGCGCCGAAGAUGAUUCUUGUCACUUUCCGCCAUGAAGCUCCGUUUUAUGACGAUUCGUAUGCCGUCAAUACCGCCAAUCUCGGACCUUACGGCGAUGCCAUCAACGACGAACUCAUACCUCACCUGGACAAGACAUUCAACACCAUCCGUGCACCAUACGCUCGCAUCCAGGAAGGCGGCUCUACUGGUGGCUGGGAGUCGAUUGCCAACGUGAUUUACAGGCCUGACCUGUUCGGUGUCUGCUUCUCGUCGUACCCGGACUCCCUUGACUUCCACCGGCACCAAGACAUCGAGCUCUACACCGCCGCCAAUGCAUACCAGCGAGCCGAUGGCAGCUUCGUGCCGUCGAUCCGAACGCACCGUAACGGAACGGAAGUGGUGCUCGCAAGCACUGCGCUAGAAAAUCACUGGGAGCUCACCUUCGGUACCGCAUCGCGCUCGUUCAACCAGUGGGACGUUUGGAACGCGGUCUUCGGUGUGCAGGGUUACAACAACUACCCAUUGGAGCCCUGGGACAAGGUCACUGGUGAGAUCUACCAUGACGCAGUGGAAUACUGGAAGCCAUUCGAUCUGAGCAACUAUGUCACCAGCAAUUGGAACAACGCUCGGAACCUCGGCAAGACGCUUGCGGGUCGUAUCUAUAUCUAUGUCGGUACAUGGGACAACUACUACCUGAACGAGGGCGUUCAGGAAUUCCAGAAACGCACAGAUGCGGUAGGCGGCGCAGGUUGGGCAAAUAUUACCAUUCUGCCGGAGAAGCCUCACGGUGGCAACUACCAAGACCGCGAGAUCUGGGACUACCUCACUCUUGUCGAUAGCUGGAUUAAGGAUCAUGCGCCCGAUGGUCCCUCGCCAUUAUCUUCCAGCGCCACAGCGCCAUCGACCCGAGGAAACGAGUGGAAGGAGGUCAUUAAGCGAGGCGGUCGACAAGCCGCUGUCGCACGACAAGCUCCUCCUACAAUCAAGUCCAAGACUGUGAAGGUGGGACAAGAGGUCAAGGCCAGCGUCGGACAUUGGGACCCUGGUGUUGUCCUGAAGGCCCAGUGGACUCUCAAUGGCAAACCUACCUGCGACAAGUUCAAUGUCAAGCAGCUUGCAACUGUCUCGUACAAGCCGGAUGCGAAAGGGAAGCUGCAGCUGUUGGUCACUGGAUCGAAGCGCAACUACAACACGGAGACCAGGAAGAGUGGCAAUAUCAUGGUACGGUAA